CAUACUCACCAGCCCAGAUCCCUGUCAAUCAGUUGCAUGACGGCCAUCUCAGCCGGCCAUACUUGAACAAACUCCUGAACUCGCCACUCCAUAUUUUACAAUAUCGUCGUUUACCCUCACAAUCUUGGAGGCCAUGGUCUCCCACAGAACAUUGGUGCAAGCGCGGAUUUCAUCUGUGGUAGGUAGAGCAGGCAGUGGCUGGGAGUUCUAAAAGGGGACGGCCACUGGUUUCCACAUCGUGAGAGCAAAUAUUGAAUGUGGGUAAUUCCUGAAUGGAAGGGAAAUGGGCAGUAAGGAAGACGAGUGAUUUCUAGUCAGCUGACUGCGGGGUAUCCCAUGUAUUUCACCUGAUUUGUUUCAAUAUCAAAUCUCUCUCAGCUAGUCUAUCAUGACUUGGGAUAUCGCAACAGCUGAUGAAGAAUGGCUGAUUGACCUUUGUCAUAAGAAGGGACUGGAAGGAAAUCGAGUCAUCCAACUUUCCAACCAGAUUGCAGUCAAGUACGACGUAACAGCCGCUGAAGCCGCAACGCAAGAGUUUGCAUCCAACACGGUGGAUUCGAAUAUCGUUCACAUCCCCCGAGUCUACCGAUUUAUUCAAGCAAAGGGACUAGCACCCAAAGGAUACCUAUUUAUGGAAUACGUGCCAGGCCAGAACCUGAAAGUUGUCGAUCUGGAAACCCGCAAAGACCUUGUGCCUCGCAUUGCACAGAUCGCAGCACACCUGAGCCAGAUACAAGGUCAGAGCCCAGGUCCCGUGGGCGGUGGUGAACCACAUGGAUAUCUCUGGGGCGAUGAUGGUGCAAACACGACACGCUGUCGAGGACUUGAAUGCAUACAUGAAUAAACGGCUGGCGUUACGCAAUGAUUCCAUCGAUCUAGCACCGCAUGCUCUCGUGCUAUGCCAUCUGGACCUCUGUCGAAGGAACAUCAUCCUCAAAGCCGAUGGCUCUCUCUGUCUUGUCGACUGGGGCUCUGCUGGUUUCUAUGCCCGACUCUUCGAGCUCGCAGUGAUUCCAUGCAUGCUGCCAUAUGACGCCCCCUAUGAGCAGCCGCUAUUACAGGAAGUCGAGAAUGUAAUGCGUCUGACAAAUGAAGAGAAGCGACUUACUCAGCUUGUUCACCAUGUCCGUGCUGCAAAUCUGAGAUAUCUGUUGUAUGACUAGGCAUUCUUUCUUUGAUUUGGUUUAGCUAACUGAUGUAUAGCCAUGAGCAACCCUCAUUUGAUUAUGCUGCGUUCAUGGCAAAAAGUAUCCAAUGAGACUGAGCAUUGAUUCGGCC